GAAGGAUCUUAUCUGAUCUUUGUAAAUAUUGGCACCCGCGGAGUGAGCGGCAGAGUGUAGCGCGCGGCUGUGUGGAUGCUGGGACUCGCUGACUCCUCUUCAGUGUUGAUGACCGGACUAACGAUGGCGUUUCACCGUGAUACCGUCUUAUUUCACCCGUGAAAAGGGCCGAGGACUCUGUUGUUAUCUGGGAUUUAUUACGUGAAUAUCUUCCAGGUGUUUUUUUUGUUGUUGUUCAUCUUUAGUGAGACGUCACGAGCAGCAUGCUGCUCUCCAAGCUGGGCUCCUUCUCUCACAUCUCGUCCAGCAUGGAUCUGCCGGCGAAGCUCCAGCUGCAGCAAGUCAAGCAGCCGUUUGAGAAGCUGUACCGGCUCGGUUCGGUACUCGGCAGCGGAGGAUUCGGCACAGUGUACUCGGCUGUUCGCCGGGCCGACGGGCUGCCGGUGGCCGUGAAGCAUGUGUGCAGGGACAGAGUGACUGAGUGGGGCUCUCUGUGCGGCGCAGCGGUUCCUCUGGAGAUCGUGCUGAUGAAGAAGGUGGGCGGAGCGUUUGCCGGAGUGGUGCGCCUGUUGGACUGGUGGGAGCAUGCGGACGGCUGGCUGAUGGUGAUGGAGCGUCCCGAGCCGGGGCAGGACCUGUUUGAUUACAUCACAGAGCGUGGCGCACUGGGCGAGGUGGUGGCGCGCGGCUUCUUCCUGCAGGUACUUGAGGCCGUGCGUCACUGCUACACCUGCGGCGUCAUCCACCGAGACAUCAAGGACGAGAACCUACUGGUGGACCUGAAGACCGGACAGAUCAAACUCAUUGACUUCGGCUCAGGAGCCCUCCUCAAAGACACCGCCUACACGGAGUUUGACGGUACGCGGGUGUACAGUCCUCCGGAGUGGAUCAGAUUCCGCCGCUACCACGGUCGCUCGGCCACCGUGUGGUCCCUCGGUGUGUUGCUGUAUGACAUGGUGUGUGGGGACAUCCCCUUUGAGCAGGACGAAGAGAUCCUGAGAGGACAUGUCUACUUCAGGCGAAAAAUCUCCUCAGAGUGCGAGCAGCUGAUUGGCUGGUGUCUGAGCCAGCAGCCAUCUGACCGGCCAACCCUGGAGCAGAUCCUCCUCCACCCCUGGGUGACAUCGCUGGGCAGCGAUGGACAGCAGUCAGACAACAGUGGCAUCACGCUCCAUGCCCUCACAACUGACUCCUCCUCCUCUUCCUCCUCGUCUUCCUCCUCCAUCCAGCAGAGCCUCUGAUUGGUCAAAGGGAGGCCGUCAGAGUGCAUGGACUUAAUUGACAGCUGCGCUCUGGUGGUGUUUGACUUGAGUUUCCUUCUGAUCGUGGCGUUGUCACUCAGAAGUGUUGGAGUGAGUGGUGGUCAGCGUUCAGGAUGCAGUGGACUCUGUGCUGCUCCACAGCGCCCCCUCCUGUCCUCAGAUGGUGGAGUAGCUCUUCUCGAGGCUCAAAACCUGUGGGGCUCUCAGUCUGGUGUUCCUGAUUCAGAGUGCCUUGAGUUAGAGAGCUGCUGUGGAUCGAACGUCACCACAGUAACCACCUGCAGAUCAGGAGUCUGGUCUGGAGGUGUGGACCGUUCUUAUGAGGUUCCUUUAGUUUAGGCACCUUUUUUAUUUCAUGAAA